CAUCCGCUCGAAUUGACAUCCGCUCGAAUUGACUGGCAUCCGAUGAAACUAUGGUUUGUUGAUUUUCAACUUUGGCGGUGUUUUAUUAUUGAUCAGCAUAGGUAGGCCUUUAUAGGCCUUAGUGAGUUUCAGCCGUUGAAAUUUAUACGGAUAGUAGAAGCAGAAUUAAUGUCAUCAUGGACUUUGCAAGAUGCUUCUUGAACCGAUUUAGGCCUAGGCCGCGAAUAGGCAUACUACUGUGCCCACGACGACAGCAGUUAGGCCAGGUAGCUGUAAACAUGCGAUCCCAUGGUGGCCGAUGCUAUUCGAAAGAAAGUAAAUCCAGUGGCAAGGGUCAGCCAACAUAUGGGAAUUUACUGCUUGGUAUUCCUGUUAUAACGUUUUGCUUGGGGACAUGGCAAGUUCAAAGGAGAAAGUGGAAGCUAGGCCUAAUUGAAGAAUUGCAGGCAAAAACUACAGCUACACCUGUUCCCCUGCCUUUCAACCAUGCAGAACUGAAAGAGUUGGAGUAUUGCAGAGUGAAAGUAAGAGGUACAUUUGAUCAUUCUAGUGAGGUGUACUUGAUGCCGAGGCAGCUGAAUUGCACAGCAAGUGAGAACCCAGGAGGGGGAAUAUUUUCUUCUCAGGGUGAAUCUGGAGUACAAGUGAUUACUCCAUUUCAUUGCACAGAAUUAGGGACAACAAUUUUGGUGAAUCGAGGGUGGGUUCCCCGGAAUCGAGUAAACCCAGAAACAAGGUCAUGUGGACAGAUAUUUGAUGAGGUGGAGGUGGUCGGUGUUGUCAGGUCAACCGAAAAGAGAGCACCAUUUAUGCCAAAUAAUGAUGAGAAAAAUAAUCGCUGGCACUUUCGUGAUCAUGAGGCUAUGGCGGCAUAUGUAGGGGCGGUGCCUAUAUUAAUUGACAGUGAUCUUGAAAGCAGUGUUCCUGGAGGGCCAAUUGGUGGUCAGACACGUGUUAAACUGCGUAAUGAACAUCUUCAAUAUAUUAUAACAUGGUAUAGUUUGUCCAUAGCAACAACAUUGCUUUGGUAUUAUGGAAUAUUUAGAAAAAGAAAAGUGUUGUCUGUGAAAACACCCUGAUUAUUAUCAAAAAAAUAUUGGAGAAAUAAUUAUAGUAGUGGUGGUUGUUCUGCUAUUGAACUUAUUUGACAGCCCAGUUGAAUACAUACAGUACUGCAAGACCACAGCUUUUGCCUUAAUUAACUGGCAGUGUACAUGGUGCACUUCAUAUUGAUACCCAGCAGGCAAUGAUAAAGUCGUCAGAUGAUGUACAUGAGACAACAGAUCACUGUGUGCCAGGCAGGCCCUAUAAGAAUCAUCACCAUGUUGCUAUGACAUGUUGAUUGUACGUACACCAGUGUACAUACCAAAACAAUUGUACAUGUUGCCAGGUUUUUGUUUGUCAGGAUCAAUAAAUCUGCAACAAACUUUAGAGAACUGUUUGGGAGCCAAGUCUAACUAUAAAUCGAUCACCUCUUUGUAUUAAAAGAGAGACAACAAAACUAUUGCUUCAGGUGUACUUACCGAAACAACUGUACAUGUUUCCUGGUUUUUGUUUGUCAGGAUCAAUAAAUCAGGAAUGAACUUUAGAGAACUGUUAGGUAGCCAAGUCUAACUAUAAAUCGAUCACCUCUUUCUAUGAUUAUUAAAAGAUAAAAAAAAUCUA